AUGAGGGAGAAAACCCACGCCCACAGGAACUAUGUUGACGACGUUCCUGAUGAGAUAAAGCAGAGGAGGCUGACGGAACUCAUUCAGGCUUUUCGGGAGAGUACUGGGCAAUGUUUCGACUCCCAAAUUGGUACUGUUCAACUUGUGUUGGUCGAAGGACCCAACAAGAGAGCUCCUGACACGGAGCUCAUUGGCAAGAGCGAUAGAGGCCAUAGGGUAUCAUUUCCCAUUCUGCCAGUUCCAGAUCAGGUUGAUAAUGAUGGGAAGCGGAAUCCAAAAGUUGGCGACUAUGUAGAAGUUCGUAUAUUAAAAUCUACAAGAGCAUCACUCUUUGGAGAAGCUCUUGGAUGGUGUUUGUAUAGGAGGAAAAGAAACAAGGAGGAGAGAGAAAAUAAGAGUGGGAUUCCAAGAGGGAGCUCAGGAGAAGAGUCAUGUACAGAGAUGAUUGAUGAUAGGUUAUGGUUAGGUGGUUGUUUCAAUGGUGGAGGCGAAGGUAGUUUCCAUGGAGUUGUGGUUUCUCUUCUUUCUCUGUGCUGGUGGUGUUUGGAUGUGUUGGGUGAUAGAUGCAUUAUUGCGAUGGUUAAGUUUAGGCAAUGGUGA